UCAUUUCAUCAGAAGAGAAGGAAAAGGUAAAAGAAGAAGGAAUGUGAAGCAGAAAAUUCAAUCCGAUCGAAUGCAGCUUUGACAUCCGCAACGAGACCGACCUCUCCCUCUCCCCCCCCCCCCCUCUCUCUCUCUCUCUCUCUCUCUCUAUCUAUCUUGUUUCUCUCUCUAAGUUACAGCGAAGAACGAACGUAGACUCACAUGAGCUCGAUAGAUUGAAGGACUUCGGAAGAGGACUAAUUCGAACUACAAAACCCUAGAUAAGCAUAUGCACAUACAUAUAUAGUAUAUACUUGGAGCUCUGUAUUUAAUGCGAGCAGAAGAGAGAGCCAGUCGAGGACGAGUAUUAGGGGAUUUGCCUGUCAAUUUUUCAUCAGUUCGCAGGGAAUAUCUUGGUACUGCUUGAAUUCUUGCUCUGAGAUUCAUGCGAAAACAGGCUGAAGAUUGUGACUUUAUCAGAGAUAAGGCAAUUCAAGAAUGUCGAGGGCUAAAGCUUGUUGCUUGUUUUUGGUUUUCUUUGUCAACCGACUUGUUUCUGGUGGCGCUCCACACUGUAUGCUCGGGCCCAAAGGCUUUCCAUAGCCGUUGGUGCAAAAAAUGAGUCUAGAAUGUUCACCUUUGGCUGUGAGCGGGGGCAUUGACUGGAUAUUCAGAUUUGUGGUUUGUUGCAUAAUUGUAGCUUAGUAAAUCUCGUGCCAUUGGGAUUCAAAUCCCUUUAGAUAGUUUAAUAGUUAAUUAAGUGUUUUGUAUUUUGUGCUGUUGAAAGUAUGGUACCAUCAGGGCCUCCAACGCCAAUUGGUGGUGCCCAGCCUAUUCCGCCUACCUUACUGCGAUCAAAUUCUGGUUUGUUGGGUGCUCAAGGGAGUGCAAUGCCUUCACAGGGUGCUUUCCCCAAUCUUGUUUCACCCCGCACACAGUUUACUGGUGCCAAUAUGCUUGGGAAUGUUUCUAAUGUCUCAUCCCUUCUCCAUCAGUCUUUUGGAAAUGGAGUUCCAAAUUCUGGACUUUCUGGUCAUGGAAAUAGUCAGAGGGGAAUUAUGGACACUGGAGCAGAAUCUGAUCCAAUCGCUUCUGUUGGAAAUGGAAUGAGUUUUACUUCCACUCCCUCAACAUUUAUAGCAUCAAACAUGGCAAAUCCAGGUUCAUCGGCUCAAAUGCAGGGACAGCAAUUUCAGAACUCUUCAAGCAACCAGAUGUUAACAGAUCAACAACAAUCUCAUCAACUUGAUCCUCAAAAUUUUCAACAUAAUCAGCAACAGAUGCAACAGUUUUCUGCCCCUCAGAACAACCAUCAGCAGCAGCAGCAGCAAUAUCAGUCUAUUCGAGGAUUAGGUGGUGUAAAGAUGGAACCGCAAGUAACAAAUGAUCAGCACACCCAGCCUCCACAGCAGUUGCAGUCAUUGAGAAAUAUUAGUACUGUAAAACUGGAACCCCAACAAAUUCAGUCAAUAAGAAGCCUACCACCUGUAAAGAUGGAGCCCCAACACUCAGAGCAGUCAUUGUUUCUGCAUCAACAACAGCAACAGCAACAGCAACAGCAGCAACAACAGCAGUAUCUCCAUUUGACUCGGCAGUCUCCUCAGGCAACUGCCCAUAUGAAUAUUUUGCAACAACAGAGACUUAUGCAGCUGCAACAGCAGCAGCAGCAGCAACAACUUGCCUUGAAGGCUCUUCCUCUACAACGAUCCUCAUCACAGGCACCAUUUCAGUCGCAAAAUUUGCCUUUGAGGUCUCCUGUUAGAUAUGAACCUGGCAUGUGUGCCCGGCGGUUGACACGGUAUAUGUAUGAGCAACAACACCGUCCAGAGGACAACAAUAUUGAAUUUUGGAGAAAAUUUGUUGCUGAUUAUUUUUCUCCGAAUGCCAAGAAAAAAUGGUGUGUUUCUAUGUAUGGAAGUGGUCGCCCAGCAACUGGAGUCGUCCCGCAGGAUGUAUGGCACUGUGAAAUAUGUAACCGGAAACCUGGCCGUGGAUUUGAGGCAACUGUUGAGGUCCUGCCUAGGCUUUUCAAAAUCAAGUAUGAGAGUGGAACUUUGGAAGAGCUUCUUUAUGUUGAUAUGCCCCGUGAAUAUCAGAACAACUCUGGUCAAAUUGUCCUGGAUUAUGCAAAAGCUAUACAGGAAAGUGUUUUCGACCAGCUUCGUGUUGUCCGGGAUGGUCAACUUCGGAUAGUUUUUUCUCCGGACCUGAAGAUAUGCUCCUGGGAGUUCUGUGCUAGGCGUCAUGAAGAGCUUAUACCUCGGAGAUUGUUGAUUCCUCAGGUUAGCCAUCUUGGGGCUGCAGCUCAAAAGUACCAGACAGCUACUCAGAAUGCAUCAUCUAAUCUGUCAGUGCCAGAGUUACAAAAUAACUGUAACAUGUUUGUUGCAUCAGCUCGUCAGUUGGCUAAAGCAUUGGAAGUGCCAUUAGUAAAUGAUUUAGGAUAUACAAAAAGAUAUGUUCGUUGCCUGCAGAUAUCCGAAGUGGUCAAUAGCAUGAAAGAUUUGAUUGAUUACAGCCGAGAAACUGGGACUGGACCAAUGGAGAGCUUAGCCAAGUUCCCUCGGAGGACAAGUUCUACAUCUGGGGUUCGCAGUCAACCUCAACAGGCGGAAGAGCCAAUACAACAACAGCAACAGCAGCAGCAGCAGACAAUUGGUCAGAACUCAACCAAUGAUCAAAGCUCUGUCCAGGCCACUGCAAUGCAAGUUAGUUCUACGCCCAGUGUAAAUAAUUCUCUCAACCCAGGAUCUACAACAUCCUCUGCUAGCACCAUUGCUGGGCUUCUCCAUCAGAAUCCGAUGAACCCAAGGCACCAAAACCCUAUGAAUAAUGCAAAUAGUCCUUAUGGAGGAAGUGGUAUUCAGAUUCCAUCUCCUGGUUCAUCAAGUACAAUACCGCAGGGUCAACCCAACCCUUCUCCUUUCCAAUCACCAACCCCGUCGUCCUCAAACAAUGCUUUACAAAAUUCCCAUGGUGGCUUAACCGGAGCACCUCAUAUGAGUUCUGCAAAUUCACCAAACAUCUCCAUGCAACAGCCAGCACUAUCUGGUGAUGCGGACCCAAAUGAUACCCAGAGCUCUGUGCAGAAAAUCAUACAUGAAAUGAUGAUGUCUUCACAACUCAAUGGUGGGGUUGGUGGUAUGGCAGGUGUUGGUACGUUGGCGAAUGAUGUGAAAAAUGUUAAUGGAAUAUUGUCCCCUAACAAUGGCACUGGACUUAAUGGUGGCAAUGGCCUGGUGGGAAAUGGAGCAGUCAGCAACAACGCAGGAAUGGGGGGUGCAGGAUUUGGUGGCAUGGCUGGACUUGGCCAGUCAGCCAUGCUCAAUGGAAUCCGAGCUGCUAUAGGUAAUAACUCCAUGGCAAUGAAUGGAAGGGUAAGCAUGACGGCAAUGGGUCGAGACCAAAAUAUGAGCCAUCAACAACAGGCUUUGGGAGACCAACUUCUUAGUGGUCUUGGAGCAGCUAAUGGGUUCAGUAACCUACAAUUUGACUGGAAACCAUCUCCGUAAGCUGCUAUUUGGGAUUGACUGAUGCAUCUUGUCUUGAAUAGAGCUGCUUGGGCAGCACGGGAAGCUGCAGAUUUGCCUUCUUCAGCCUUGUGAAGAGAUAGCUGCAGAAAGAACGGGUGUGAGGGCCUCUCUGUGUACUAAUUUUGGAAAGGAAAACAUAUAGCAUAGUUUUUAUGGUCGAAUUACAGCAUCAUCAAUCAUCAUCCGACGUGGCUUCGUUUUCUUCUAACUUCGUUCCCCCAAUUUAUGAUUCAAUACACCCUACUCUGCUUAUCCCCCUCUGCUUAUAACGGCCUUGGAAUUGGAAAUUCAUGGAGUGCCUGUUGUUUCUGUCUCUGGUGCAGCUCUCUUGUCAUCUGCUUCCAGUGUACCCUUUCCGGAGCUAUCUGUAAACUAGAGUAUCUGCAAGUCUCUCUCUUCAGCGUGUGUAUAUAUAUUCUGAAAUUGGGUUGGAAAUUUUAGUGUUAGAACUUUUUCUCCAAAUUUUGAGUUGGAGUUUACUUAUUGGAGCUCAAGGUUCAUGUUUGUCUGUUGUGUUUGCUUACUGGGUUUGACUUUGGCCAGUUUCUACAUCUCUAGGCUGGGUGUUCACCUCUUGCAUACUUGCUACCCUAGGCCUCGCAGGAGCACUGUAAUGUGCAUCAAGCACUUUAGACUCCCUGUAUUUGACAUGAAGAAUUGGUAGCUUGUUUAAAA